AUGGCCCAGGCUACUCAAGGACUUGCUAAAGCUCUACAACAAACAAAGGCUGCUGAGAUUGCUCGUGCGGAGCGUCGUGCUGCAUGGCUAGGCCUAGCAGCCCGACAGCCCUACGACCCAUAUACUAUAUACAUUGCCACACGCGACACGACAGCUCUGAAAGUCCGUCAGCAGCAGGAGAGAGCUCAGGCGGAGGAGGCGGCUAUGUUUGACACGCAACAGACAGCUGAGCAGGACGCUGAGAGCUUGGAGGAGAGCUCUGUUGGCUAUUCAUCGCCACUGUCGCGCUUCUACAACGACGACUUGCUCGACGAACACUACUCUGAUGGGGCUAGGGACUUAUAA